GGCACUUCAGUUUCUAUGGGUUGCAAGAAUGUUCAUUAUGACCUUGUUUUCAUCUUGGAUGCCUCCUCCAGUGUUGGAAAAGAAGAUUUUGAGAAGGUUCGGCAGUGGGUGUCUAAUUUGGUGGAAACUUUUGAGAUUGGUCCUGACAAAACCCGCGUCGGUGUGGUGCGAUACAGUGACCGGCCAACCACUGAGUUUGACCUGGGAAAGUACAAAACCUGUGAGGAAAUCAAAGAGGCCGCCCGAAAAAUUAGGUAUUAUGGGGGUAAUACAAACACUGGAGAUGCUCUCCGGUACAUCAACACUUACAGUUUUUCCAAAGAGGCAGGUGGGAGACUUAGUGAUCGAACUGUUAAAAAAGUGGCUAUCCUUCUGACUGAUGGACGGAGCCAGGAUUAUGUCUUGGAUCCGGCCAAUGCAGCUCGUCAGGCUGGAAUUAGGAUCUUUGCUGUGGGUGUCGGCGAAGCCUUAAAAGAAGAAUUGGAUGAGAUUGCUUCAGAACCGAAGUCUGCUCACGUGUUUCAUGUCUCCGAUUACAAUGCCAUCGAUAAAAUUCGGGGGAAGCUGAGAAGACGUCUCUGUGAAAAUGUUCUGUGUCCAAAUGUUCAUGUGGAAGGAGAUCGAUUCAAGCACACUAAUGGGGAAACAGAUGAGAUUCCAGGGUUUGACCUGAUGGAUUCGUUCAGUGUGAAACAGAUCUUUGGAAUGAAAGAAAAUGGAAUUCAGAGCUCCUAUGUACGACUUGGAAGUUUCCCUGUUGUUCAGAAAACUGAGGAUGUAUUCCCACAAGGUCUGCCUGAUGAAUAUGCCUUUGUAACUACCUUCAAAUUCCGGAAGGCUUCCAGAAAAGAAGAUUGGUAUAUUUGGCAGAUUAUUGACAAGUAUGGCAUACCACAGGUCUCGAUCCGACUGGAUGGAGAAAACAAAGCUUUGGAGUACAAUGCCAUUGGGCUCACCAAGGAUGCUGUGAGAGUGGUCUUUCGAAGUGCACGAGUCAGUGAUCUUUUUGAUCGCAGCUGGCACAAAAUUGCCCUCAGCAUUCAGUCAGCAGCUGUCUCACUGUACAUAGACUGCAAGCUUGUGCAGAUGCUGCCUAUUGAAGACAGGGAAAAUAUCGACAUUCAAGGAAAGACUGUGAUUGGCAAACGCUUGUAUGAUAGUGUCCCCAUUGAUUUUGAUCUUCAGCGGAUGGUUAUUUACUGUGAUUCUCGGCAUGCUGAGCUGGAGACCUGCUGUGACAUUCCUUCAGGACCAUGCCAGGUCACGGUCCUAACAGAAGCACCUCCUGUGGAAGUGAGGCCUACUGUUGGCAGCGAGCAAGUUGCCCACCUAAAGACUGUCAAUUGCUCCUGUCCUGCUGGACAAAAGGGGGAGAGAGGCUCAAUUGGCCCUGAAGGUCCUAAAGGUCAAAAGGGAGAAAGUGGCAGCCAAGGGCUUCCUGGACCCAGAGGAGAAAAAGGAGAGUCAGGCAGAGCCUAUAGCAGAGGAGAAAAAGGAGAAAAGGGUGAAGAAGGAGCCCCCGGAUUUCCUGGACUGAAAGGUGAUAAAGGAGAAAAAGGGUCCCUUGGCUUGCCUGGCACCCCAGGGAAGGAUGGAGCAAAAGGAGAAGCCGGUGAACCAGGACAACCAGGAGCAUUUGGACUGCCUGGGCCAGCAGGUCCAAAGGGAUCUGAAGGAAAACAGGGUCCUCCAGGUAUUAAAGGCUACGUAGGAGCACCGGGUCUACAAGGAGAAAGAGGAGAAAAGGGAACACGAGGAGACAAGGGAGAACGAGGUUUAGAUGGGUUCCCAGGAAAGCCAGGUGUGGAGGGGAAACAGGGCCCUGCUGGCAGCCCAGGCCCUCCAGGUGGCAGUGGGCCCAAGGGAGAAAAGGGUGAACCAGGGCUCCCUGGAUUGCCAGGCUCUUCAGUACCUACUGAAGGCCUGAAAGGAGAGCAAGGAGAGCCUGGUCCACGAGGACCUCAAGGCCAACCUGGGCUUCCUGGACUACCAGGAGAGACUGGUCCAGAGGGCAAGCCUGGGGUCCCAGGUUUACCAGGUCAAAGGGGUAAGAAGGGAGAACCUGGAUUCCCAGGAAUUAAUGGUCUGAUUGGCCCUCAGGGACCUCCAGGGCCCCCAGGCAUUGCUGGACCGCCUGGACCACCUGGAACACCAGGACUGCCAGGAGAAAUUGGUGUUGCUGGUAAAAGUGGACCACCAGGACCAGCUGGCUCACCUGGCAAAGAUGGAUUAAAUGGUCUUCCCGGGCUCCCAGGUCAAAAGGGAGAACAAGGAGAAAAGGGUGAGGAAGGCUCUCCUGGAAAAGCUGGCCCUAAGGGUGAACCAGGAAGCCGUGGCCAACCUGGUGAACAGGGUGAAGUGGGUCUUCCUGGUCUUCAGGGUUUACCUGGACUGAGAGGAGAAAAGGGAGACCAGGGAGGAAAGGGAAAAGAUGGUCUCCCAGGACUGAAAGGGGAAAGAGGAGAAAAGGGUGACACAGGUUCCCCUGGCCCACCAGGCAUACCUGGAACAACAGCCUUCUUCACCCCACACCCGAGGAUUCCUGGUGAACCAGGACCAAAGGGAGAGAAAGGAGAUCGAGGAACAAGUGGAGAACCUGGAUUACCAGGGAUCCCAGGUGAACAGGGUGUCCCAGGGCCUGUAGGACUACAGGGGACAAAGGGGCAGAAAGGAGCUCAAGGAGAAGCUGGAGCCCCUGGAGAGGCUGGUGCAGUUGGACCAGUGGGGCCACCAGGACCAAGAGGAUUGCCAGGCAAUGUGGGAGUGCCUGGAAACCCUGGUCUACCAGGGAAGGAGGGAGAAAGAGGGGAAAAGGGUGACCCAGGAAAAGAAGGAAAGGUGGGUUUACCUGGGCCAGCUGGUGUGCCAGGGCCUCCUGGACCACCGGGUUUGCCUGGCAAAGGUAAAGAUGGAGAACAGGGGGAAAGAGGCCCACCAGGCUUGCCAGGACCUUUUGGACAUAAGGGUGAGAGGGGAGCUCCUGGCCUCCCUGGACAACCAGGAGACAGAGGUGUGCCAGGAGUUGGACUGGCUGGACCACCUGGCCCUGUUGGACCCCCAGGAGACAAAGGAUCAUUGGGUCCUCGUGGUGUACCUGGUAUCCCUGGACCACAGGGGCCUCCUGGCCAGGAUGGUCUACCUGGAAAUCCAGGGGAAAGAGGACCUCCUGGAAAACCAGGUACCUCACCCCUGCUAUCUCCGGAGGACAUAAAUCUCUUAGUGAAGGAUGUGUGCACUGAAUGCCCACCUGGCCCACCAGGACUGCCAGGCAUCCCAGGUUUCAAAGGUGACAAAGGUCUCCGAGGACCACCAGGUAGAGACGGCCAGGAUGGGAAAAUGGGAAAUGCUGGUCCCAGAGGUCCUGCAGGCCCACCUGGGCUGGAUGGCCAAAAGGGUGCUAAAGGAGACCGUGGUAUAACUGGGGAUGCAGGAGAAAAAGGUGAACAGGGACACCCUGGAAUGCCUGGCUUUGCAGGGGCUCCUGGAAGCCCUGGCCCACCUGGACCGGAUGGGGCACCGGGACCAAUAGGACCAGCAGGAAACCCAGGAGACAUGGGUAAAGAUGGCCCUCCAGGUCCACAGGGCCCACCAGGUAUUCCUGGACUUCCCGGCAUUGCUGGUAAUGAUGGCAAAGAUGGCAAGCCAGGAUCUCUUGGAGAACCGGGAAAACCUGGAGAACCAGGCCUCCCAGGCCAGGAAGGUGCCAGAGGCUUACCGGGUUUCAAAGGACAGAGGGGAGAUACAGGUCCCCCAGGCCCACGGGGGGAACCAGGUGCGACAGGUCCUGCUGGGCGUGAGGGGCCACCAGGGAAGGAUGGUGACACUGGCCCCAUAGGACCACAGGGACCUCGAGGACUAAGAGGGCAGCCGGGCAAGAAUGGAUUGCCUGGAUCUGCAGGAGAACCUGGCCCAGCAGGUAACCCUGGUCCUAAAGGAAAUAAAGGAGAAAAUGGCAGCCCAGGACUCCCUGGCUUCAUAGGACCCCGAGGACCACCUGGUGAUCCAGGAGAAAAAGGCCCUCCAGGAAAGGAGGGUGCACCAGGGAAACCAGGUGAAACUGGAUCCAAAGGAGAGAGGGGAGAACCUGGCAUCAAAGGCGAAAAAGGCCCUCAAGGACAAAAGGGCCCUCCAGGUGAGCCUGGGAUACCUGGUCAUAAAGGCCAUCCAGGAUUGAUGGGACCCCAUGGACCACCAGGAGACACUGGGCAAGUUGGGCCUCCUGGUCCCCCAGGACAGCCAGGAUUUCCAGGACCACGGGGGGAACCUCCGUCUCUAGAGACUCUGAGAAGACUCAUCCAAGAGGAGUUAGCUAAGCAGCUAGAUGCAAAGUUAGCCUAUCUCUUGGCUCAGAUACCGCCUGCACAUGUGAAAGCAUCCCAUGGCAGACCAGGACCUCCUGGUCCCCCUGGGAAAGAAGGACUACCAGGAAGAACUGGCCCUCCAGGAGAGCCUGGCCGCCCUGGACAGACUGGAUCUGAAGGACCACCCGGACCCAUUGGUCCCAAGGGAGAAAGAGGAGCGAAGGGUGAGAAAGGAGAUGCUGGCAUUGGCCAGCGAGGUGAAAUAGGUCCUCCAGGAAUUCCAGGCCUCCCAGGGGAGCCUGGCUAUGCCAAAGAUGGGAUACCAGGACCACCUGGCCCUCAAGGUGAAGCUGGGGUACCUGGUCUCAUGGGCCCACAGGGACCUCCGGGAGCCAAUGGACAGUGUGACCUCGCUCAGUGCGCUUACUAUGCAAGCCUGGCUGCCAGGCCCGCCAAUGUCAAAGGGCCCUAGGAUAAAGGGAGUAUCCCCAGACUUGUUUUUAAAACUUGAAUUCAUCCAGCCUACCAAGAGCUCUCAGAUGUCUUCAACUUUGUUUCUUUCAUGGGAGGCCUUCUAAAGCCAACAAAUGCUGCCGGUCGGUCAGAUUAUUUUUAUGAAUUAUAAUAAUUAUUAUUAUUAUCUUUGAUGUGAUAUGUGAAUUUGUUCUUGUUUCUCUAACACCAGGGCAUAUUAAAACAUUAAAAAUGUGGUUUUUUUUUUCUUUUGAAGAGCAUACAACAUUGAUGCAUUGUGUAGCAGUUUAUGCAAAACCAUUCUGAUACCACUUUUUUUUUCCUUUUUGUGGUUAAUUCUUUCCAAAGCUUUAGCCUUGAAACUGAAAUUAAAUCCUGCACUGUGCAGCAUGGGGCAUUAACUGUGUAAUCACAAUAUUGGUGCUAGCUGCCAUCCACACAGAGGACAGGAAGAUAAGGUCAUGCCAAAGCUGGGGAAGAGAUCUCCAAUACACUCAGCUCACAAUGGACAGACAGCUAUAGACAGGCAAGGUGUUCUCUGGAAGAUCUCUUUUACAUUUAUUAUUCUGUCCACAAAAGAAUCAGAAUUCUAUAGAAGCCAAUUUUUUGGGACCAUGUGAAAUCUCACAGUGAGGCCUGGAUCACUGUUCCUUGUGCAAUAACUUCAGUAGAUGAAGGGUAUGUUCAUAUCAGAUGGAGCUUAUCUUCCUUCUGUCAGGGAGAUGACUCUGAAAAAGCCACAAUACUAUCCUCCAUCAGCUCAGGGCUGCCAAUUCCACUUUUCACUGUCAAUGCACACACAGCCCUCUAUCACUGCUUCACCCAAGAAAUCUGCCAGCACAGCACAGAAUGUCUUCCACUGUUAAAAAUCUCAGGUAGCAAAGUGUCACCCGACUUCACUGUUUUGAAUGAUACACCAGGACAAUAACUUGGAAAAGUUGUGUUUUAGAGGGAGGUGAGAGAUUAGAGGCUGGUUUUCAUCUCUCAUGAAAAGGUCAGAACAAAGAGGUGUUCACAAACUCUGAGGAAAUUAUGCUUGAGAGUGAAAGCCAAAACUCAGACAUAGACCAUUUUACAUAUCAGCUAAUUGCCAAAAUCAAGCUGGGAAUUCACUGGGAAAAUAAAUAGGGGACAGUGUCUGAGAAGACAUUCACAACUGGUCACUUUUCAGUCUAACUUCCUGACAGAGACACGUGAAAGUGUGUCAGCAAAGGAGCCAGAUUUCCAGAACUCUUCUGUAUAAGCAGUUUGUAUUGAGGGAUCAGAGUAAUGAACAGGAUACAGACACUAAGUGCUGAAUCUGUUUCGAAAUCUCAUCUGGUCUUUUGGAGAGAUAAAUGUGGCCCCCUGCCCUGCUGGCACGUUCACCAUGUGGCAUGGUGCUUCCAAACUGGUUAAGCCAAGCGGAAGGCACAACUGUCUAUAACCAUCCCAAAAUCAGACACUGUAGCUAUAAGCCCAGAGCUAACUAUUUGCAAGACUUGGAGUUUUUUUCUUACCCAGAAGAUUAAACAGAGUCUUUUCUAUGUAGAUCUCAGUGGUGAUCUUUUUGCUAUUUCCUAUGCAAGUAAAUUCUUUUAUUGGAUUUUACUGUGUUUCUGUCUGUGGAAAGAUCAAGCAUAGUGAAAAUAUCAUGAAGAGCAUAGUGCUUUUUAGUAACUCUCAGUAGUAUAAUGUUAUUGUAGAGCAUCUUAUACCAACUUUCUACAAUUCAGUUUUAGGCAAGUAUGUUGAUCACAUAGUAUUUAACAUCAUCAUUUUUUCUAGUCCAGGAUGAAUGAGAUUUUAUUCCUCUAUUGGUGAUGUAGAAUGAGCUGCUUACUCAAGAGAGACCUCUCAACAUAGCAUGAGCCAUCAUUUUGAGUAAAUGUCAUGGGAAUGAGCAGGUUUUAUGGAGGUCAGGCAUGUUAAUUGUCCCAUGUUAAUGUGACAUGGCAUGAUGAGUGAUAAGCUGACAGUGGGACUAGAUCUUAGUGGUCUUUCUCAACCUUAAUGAUUCUGUGAUUAUAUGAUUCCAUGAUGUGAAAGUACCCAAACUCUGCAUCGUGCAUGCAUGCACUAUGCAUGGCACAGACUUUAAUACGUUCAAGUAUACCAUGUGAUGGGUAAAUAUAUAAUGAUGCUCUAUUGAACAAAUUCCAGGGUCUUUCAUCUCUCUGAAAUGGUGCAUUGGAAUCUAGAUAAAGGAGAUAGGAGAUUCUGGAGUUUUGUUGUUUUGUAUUUUUUUAUUUUCAUUUCAUCUGCAAGUCUCUUAAAGCCAUUGCUAGGAGCAGUCUGUGUUAGAAAAAUGAAACACAUCAACAUCUUCAAUAGAAAUUAAAAGAUCUGCAGUGGGCAGCUGUCCCCAAAAAAGGAGAGACAGCCUAAUUCCCUUUACUCUAGCAUAUUCUCUAUUUUAUUGUUACCUGUUCAGUCCAUUCCUGCCUUUGCGUUCUGAGUUCAGUGGAUGCCAUUUCCCUGCUUUUUCUUAAACCUUGUUUCCUCUACAGUCAGUUACACGACUUUACCAAGCACAGUCUGUCAGUAGUGAGGAGUAUGCUGCAGACCCAGAUCAAGACUGGUGCUUAUAGCCAGCCAGUGCUGUCUGCCAAACAGCUUGCAAGGCAGCAAUGGAUGCAGGAGGUGAAAGAUAGGGCAGAGGUAAUGAGUGUGGCUGCUCUACUAACCACUCUUGAACAAGAUGAGGAUGUGGCUUUUGCAUCUGAAUGUUCCUGGCUCAGAAACAAAGCAUUUGGUACAUCACAGUGAAGUUUAUUCAGUGUCGGAGACUUAAUCCCAGGAAUCCACUGUUAUUUUUCUAUGAAUUUUUUUGGCCAGCCAUGUGAUAACAGGGAACUUACUGAUAAGAUGGCAUUAGAGAGCCAGAGAAUGUAUUGUCUACAUAUUACCAAGGUGCUAAUGAUACACACAUUUUAUGAUAUUGCUGUAGUGUUCUUUUUUAAUCAAUUGUGUAAAUUAUUACGGUUAUAGCAAACAAACUAUUAUUCCAUUAUAUAUUUUGCCUGUCAAAUAAAUAAUUUAAAAUUUUUAA